AUGACCAACCCGUUUCAUGGUUCUUCCCAUUAUACAGAUUCCAACGCAACGACCGGUAGCUCUGGUCUUCUUCCACGACGCUCCUCCUACGCAUCAGCCGCUUCCGGGGCACCCCCGAACACCAACCCGCCCUUCCUAUCCCAUCCUGGCCGUACAUCAGUCAUCAAUCAGAUUCUGAACUCUUCCGACGACAUCACGUUCGAACCGGCCUCAAGCGGUUACCAUCCGAUUAGAGGGGACGACAUGGACGGGGACAGAAACGGCGCCAGCCUCAACGGUGCGUCCGGGCGGUGGUCGCAGGGUUCUCAACUGCCUUCCUUCUCGAGGGUCUUCGAUAUGUUCAUGUCGACACCGGGAAAUGAGCUGUCCGGCGCCGCAAACGGAAACGGAGACGGCUUCUUCGUGCCCCCGUACUUGGCUGGAUCAACAUAUGUUCAGCGGUUAGAGGAAGCGCACUGGGCAAAGGUGCAGGCGCAGAAAGAGUCACAAGCGGCCCAGGUACAGGCCGCUGGAAACCUAUCGACGAGUCCUAGUAGUGUUAGUCUGCACAGUAAGCCGGCCUCACAUCGCGGUGUCAACUACGACGUCAUCGAGAAGCCCCCCGCUUUCGAGGAAGACGAAACAUUUACCCCGCUGCCCGCAAGGUGGAACAGAGACGACAAGUACGGAGCGUUGGAUAUCUUGUCAGAUGGCUUGGAAGUCAGAUACAUCGGGCCCAGAGGCCAGACGGAACGCGAUCACGAGGCUUUCAGCAUACGUGCCGACAAUCACAUGCCACCGCAGUGCGGUAUCUAUUACUUUGAGGUUCAAAUAUUGUCAGGAAAGCGAGACGACAUGACGAUCGGCAUCGGAUUCUCGGCCAAGACAGUGGCAUUAUCACGGCCUCCAGGCUGGGAGCCGGAUUCUUGGGGAUACCACAGCGAUGAUGGCCACUGCUACGCGGGCCAAAACGGUGGUAAAGCAUACGGUCCUUCAUUCACUGCGUCUGAUGUCAUCGGUUGUGGUAUCAACUUCCGCACCGGUUGUGCAUUCUUUACCAAGAACGGACGUCUACUUGGUACCGCGUUCCGAGAAAUUGGAAAGGGAAGCCAUCUUUAUCCCACAGUCGGGUUGAAAAAGUCAGGAGAGCAUGUUCGCGUCAAUUUUGGCCAGACACCCUUCGUGUUCGACAUUGAGGGCAUGAUGACGUCUGAAAAAUCGCGUAUCCAAAAAGAGAUUUCCGAGACGAGUACAGCAAGUCUUGCGCCAGCAAUGAGUGAGACUGAGUUGAUCCAAGCUCUGGUCCUGCAAUUCUUACAACACGAUGGUUACGUAGAGACAGCGAGAGCAUUCGCGGAAGAGAUUAACGCAGAAAAGAAGGCCCUAAGCAUCGACCCCAACGCAGAAAUAGAGGGCAUUAAUGUUAAAGACGAUGAGCAUGCGAACAAGCGACAGCGUAUCCGAAGAGCCGUACUCGAGGGCGACAUCGACAAGGCACUCAAGCACACCAAUGCUUUUUACCCCCAGGUUCUCAAGGACAACGAGCAGGUGUACUUCAGACUUCGGUGCCGCAAGUUCAUCGAAAUGGUACGAGCUGGUGCGGAAAUGAGGGCGGCUUCAGAGGGCAAGAAGAGCAAUGGCCAUUCUGCCGUUGACUUGAGUGCCUCGGCUAUGGACCUUGACGCCAACGGAGGCGAGAAUGGCGCCUGGGAUCAAAUGGAUACGGAAGGCUCGGAAGGUGCACCCCUCGGCAUCGAUGCUCUGGAGCUGGCCACUUUGCAAUACGGCCAGACUCUGCAAGCCGAGUUCAAGAACGACCCCCGACGGGAGGUUUCGAAGCAUUUGGAGGACAUCUACUCCCUUCUUGCGUAUAGCAACCCUCUGAUGGAGAAAGACGUUGCCCAUUUACUUGACAGGAAAGGUCGCUUAGCAGUGGCAGAAGAGCUCAACUCGGCGAUUCUCUUGUCUUUGGGCAAGUCCUCCCGUGCUGCUCUUGAAAAGGUCUACGCCCAGACCAGUGUCCUGCUGGACGAUUUGCGAGAAAAUGGCGGACCAGGCGCCUUUAUCUCGUUACAGGACGUCAUCGAAGAUAUCCCAAAGUCCCAGCCCUUUUAA